AUGGCCACCUCUUUGUCGACUCAGUUGUCUCGCCUUCGAGUGCCGCAGACGUCGGCCCAUAAGGAAAGGCGAGGAAUGGUAUCGUUUUUGUAUGACUUUCUUGAGGCCAAAUCCAUCGACAAUGACAUGCAUUACGCGAUCGCUGUCUCGGGUUUGGAGGCAUUGAUCCGUUUGGACACAAGUAUUGAAAGGUUUGGCGAAACGCUAUUCAAUGAGUCGAGUAAGACAUUAGACCGAAGCGUUCAAAGCCGUGAAGCGAACCAAGACUUGGACACAGAAGUGGAAGCAUUCCUCUUCACUGUUGUCUCGAAAUACUUUUUGCUGAACUCAACCCAUAAGACAAUUGAAUGGUUGAUAUAUAGGUAUGGCGUUAACCAAUACAAUGCGGACGCACUCAUAGCCAGCGUUCUUCCCUAUCACGAGACCCGACUCUUUACACGUCUUCUGCAGACCUGUUCUCACGUGAAAGUGGAGUCAAGCAAAUGGUUUUGGUUGAAAGAACAAAAGGAGACCCAAAAGAUAGCAUUGAUUUUGAUCAGUAAUGUCGCGCAUCUGUUCAACAAAGAAAUUCUCGAUAAUGUGAUCACAAUAUUCACAUUCAUUGGCACUAAUUUAGUCCAUUGCGACGAUCAGUACUCAAUUCAAGUGGUUUCGGACACAAUGGAUGCCAUAAUUCCUAUACUUCUAAAUGACAAAAAAGACACCAAAAAUGUUGUGAUCAAUGUUUUCAUUGAUUCAUUGCCUGAUAUACCGGCGCAUCGAAGACUCAAUUUGUUCGGCAAAUUGUUGAAAAUAUUGGGAGAGAGGGAACACUUGGCUCUCAUUUUCAUGAGAGUUAUUGAAAAGAUUUACAAUAAGUCAAAGUCAGAAAAGGAACCGUUUCUUAAUUUGAUUGUCGCUCUGAGCGCUCAAAUAGAUAUUAACAUUCAAAUCGAUUCACUCAACCAAAUAAUGGAUGUCUUCACCAAUGAGUUUACAGAAGGAGAAAGAGUUUUAUCAAUCACUGACGAGAAUAUGUCUGAUAUCGACAGAAGACUAAUCGCUCAGAGAAGAAAUGAAGUGAACCAAACAGUCAUGAGUUUGAUUCAAAAGAUUAUAAGUCUCGUCAAAGGAAUGGAUAGCAAAAUAUCCAUCAAUUUCAAGGCGUCGUGUAUUCUGUGUUUAACUCAACUAAUGAUAUAUUUGGGAAAUAAUGCCAUUCCUGUCAUCCCAUCAUAUAUUCCCAUAAUAUUAGACAAUUUCGAAGUCCGUGUAGAAUUGGGAGAAAUCGACAAAUUGGAGAAGUCAUGCAACGAGACGUUCUGUGCAUUCAUUCCUAAGAUGACUGAAGUGACGUUUCGACCACUUUUUUAUAAGUUACACGAUUGGGCCAUAAGAGAGAAGAACGGAGAACUAUAUUACAGAAUGAUAUCGUUCUACAAAUUUCUUCAGUCAUUGGCUGAUCGGCUGAAGAGUUUGUUUUGCGUAUUCAUCGCUCCGUCAAUAAUCAACAAUUGUUCCCAAAUGUUGUCUUUGUUUCACUCUAACAAUGAGUCGGAUUUAACACUUGACCCCAAAAGUUGUCAUUUAUUAAUCACAUCUAUUCUGUCAACGCUUUCCAAAUGUUUUCUGCACGACAUUAACGCGACUCUUCUUAAUAAAGAACGGAUGCAAACGUUGGCCAAACCUAUUAUUAAUCAGUUAAGCAACACUUUAGGCACUGACGAAGAUUAUGGCGAAAGAGUGGAGAGUUUGUGUUUAUGUACACAAUAUAUGAUUGAAUCAAAUCGAGACGAAUUGAUAAUUAAAGACUUAAAUUAUCAAAUACUUCUUAAAACGAGAGAAACUUCGAGUGAUAUCCGUUUGGGUGCUCUUCGAGUCCUCCAUCGACUUAUACUGGUUUCAGGUGAAGAUUAUUUGCCUAUAAUUCCGGAAACGAUUCCAUUCAUCUCCGAACUGAGUGAAGACGACUCCAUUGCUAUCGAAACUCUUAUUAAGACUGUUGUCACUGAUUUGGAACAGAUUUUAGGCGAACCCAUCACUAAAUACUUAUAAAUUAAUUAAAUAUAUACCAGAUUUUAUUAAUUUAGUUGUAUUUUUGUUUAGUUAUUUAAUAUUCAAUAAAUUUUAACUAAUGC